UCGACCAGGAAACAGUUUAAACGCUCAACGCUUUGCAGCUUCUGAACAAGAUGAAGAUAUUUAUUUUUUUGCUGCUUUGUCACAUUUCUUCUUCAGUCAAACACUCCAUGAGGUUCUACCUCACCUCAUCAUCAGGAGUCCCUGAACUCCCAGAUUUCGUGGCCAUUGCGAUGGUAAACGAAGCUGAGGUGGCUUAUUACGACAGCAACAUCAGCCAGACGCAGCCUAAGCAGCAGUGGGUGAGGAAAGUAAUCGGGGAUGAUUCACAGCGAUGGGAAAGAAACAGAAAGGAGUGUAAGGGCUAUCACCAGAUCUUUAAAGCUGAAACGGACACCUUCAGGCAGCGCUUCAAUCAAACUGCAGCCGUCCACGUAGCUCAGCAGAUGGCGGGCUGCGAGUGGGACGAGGAGACUGGAGAGGUGACCGGUCACCAGCACUACAGUUACAACGGAGAAGACUUCAUCUCUCUGGACCUGAACACUAUGACGUGGGUCGCUCCCAAACCACAGGCUGUCGUCACGAAACACGACUGGGACAGGGAUAAACCCAGGAUUGAGUUUUGGAGAACCUUCCUCUUACAGCGUUGCCCUGAGCAGCUCAAGAGGUACCUGCCGCAUUGGAAGAGUUCUCAUCAGAGAACAGCUCUCCCCUCAGUGUCUCUCCUCCAGAAGACUCCCUCCUCUCCAGUCAGCUGCCACGCUACAGGUUUCUACCCUGACAGAGCCAGGAUGUUCUGGAGGAAAGAUGGAGAGGAGAUUCAUGAAGGAGUGGAACAUGGAGAGAUCCUCCCCAACCAUGAUGGAUCCUUCCAGAUGAAUGUUGACCUGGACAUUUCAUCAGUCUCACGUGAAAACUGGAGGAGGUACGACUGUGUGUUUCAUCUCUCUGGGGAAAAAAGCAUCACCAGACUGGACGAAGCAGUGAUCAGAACCAACAGAGUGAACCCGGCCAACGUGACCACUCCUGUCACUGCUGCAGUGGUUGUUCUUGCUGUCGUCAUUGCUGCCUGUGGAUUCACAUGUUACAGGAGAAAGAAAAGUUCUGACAAAGUCUCUGAAGAACGUCUCUCACAAGAAAAACUAAAUCCAGAUAAAGAUGAAACCGUGGAGUCAGAGAGUAACAGCGAAUGCAGCGACACGAACAGUUUGAAGCAAAACAUGAACCAGUUUAUUUAGGACACUGUUGUGUCACACAGAACUACAAAGAUGUGAAGGGUCUGUUGUGUAAAUAAGUAAUAAUGGGACCAGAGGAAACGUUAAUAGUUAUAUAUUACACUAGUCUGUGUAGAAUAAAGUUUUUUUUGUGAUGGAUAAGUGCUUUUGAAUGUUUUACCUGAGAAGAUCUAGUUAAAAUCUGAUAACAAGUCUGAAUGUGACUUUGUUUCAACUGUUCUCAGCUUAGAUGUGUCACCUCUCAAACUACAGAGUAACUCUGGUGUAGUCCUCUGACAAAAUAGUUUCACUUUGCAGCCUAUAAGAACGUAUGCCACAGAUAGAAGAAUGAUAAACAGUUGUUUUGUAAUAUGAGAGCCGACAUGCUAAGCUAGCUAAACGAGAAAGAAAAACGUAAACCAAUAACAGAAACCUUUUAGUUUAGUGGACGUACGACUUCACAGAGAUGGGGCUUCAUGUGAAAAAUAUAGUGUAGUGACUUUCCAAAACAAAUGAACAGGAGUGCUCUGAUCCUGGCAUCCCAUAUUAAAUUAUUUAUACAUUAAACAGUUUUCGUAGGAAACCUCUGGCUUCUCAUUAAUCCAGGAAACAUGUCUGAGCUGGAGAACAGUCUGUGCCACAUCUGCUAAUGUUGUAAAACAAAGAUGUAUUGUUGAAUUAUGAGGUGUGACAUGUAAGAGGUGUAUUCAUUAACCUGGAAGGAAGCCACAAAAUGUAUUACUUUAAUAAUUGUUAUAUUGUUUGGAUUUAAUAAAAUCUUGGUGCUUUGUUUAA